CAUAAAUCAUGUUUGACAAAAAAUUCCAUUAAUUCAUAGAUUAAAUAAUUGAUAUAUUUAUAUGUACAACAUGUGUUCAACUAGAUCCGAGCAUCACGAUUAUUAUCACAUAAUUAUACUACGUUCGAAGAGCAGAGCUCGAGGCGCAACGCGUAUACUUUCAACUGCGACGCAAUGAUGACGUGUGAUGAAGCCGAUUUGACUGAGCACACAAAUGAUGAACGGAAACGCCAGUGCGCGCGCCCUAUAUUAAUCUGCUCCAACCCCAGCAUCAGCACUACUCACUGACAAGCGGACCGCAGAGGCACGAGGACGACGGCUACAAAUGUUUAUCUUAGAUAUGUUUUGCUACUUUGGAACAAAUAUUUUAAACUAAAAUUACUUAAUCGAAAAUAUAUCUGUGAUUCUUUUUUUCCUGCAGUUUUCCAUGUCCAAUGCGCAAGACGAUGGCCAUCUUUUGGUGUGUUUAGUUGAAAUCGUCUGCGACUGUGCGUUCAACUGCGGAGUUUUUAUUUGUUUUUUAUAUUAUUUGUGGUGGUUAAAUAAUUAUUUAUAACUUUGUUGUUCCCAUGCGGUUUUCGGUAGUUCGAACACGAUGUCCAAAGCCAUCAAAUGACUGAGAUUUGGAUUUUAUAGAACGCCUUUUGAUUUGGGACGUCAACGACUCGUGGUUGAAUUAUAGUUGUUUUUCAAAUUACAAUUUUUGUCAGGAUGCUCAAUUUAAUUGUUGGGAUUUUAUACCUGGUAAGUGGACGCACGGCGCGCGCCAACGAGGGUGCCACAGGUAGCCGCUUCGUCUGCAACGCAAUCCCCCCGGGAGCGGAACCAGGUUGCGGAUACGGCCCCACGGGGAACCGCGUUCAAAGCACGAGCCAGGUGGAGGACGAGUUGCGGAACACUAUCAUCCAGCUCCGUGAGACCAUACUGCUACAGAAGGAGACGAUCGUCAGCCAGCAGGGCACAAUCAAGGAGCUCAACUCCAAGCUUGCGCGCUGCGAAUCGUCCGCGGACGACACGUCACAGAGCAGAGCUCGGGGUCAGGGCUCCAGACGUAAGGAGUACGGCAAGAACACGAUGGGGGACCUGCCCCGCGACCCCAGCGAGACCAUAGACCAGUUGGGCAAGACCAUGCAGAGUCUCAAGGGUCGACUUGAGAGCUUGGAGCAGCAACAGCAGCAGCUGCGUCUCCCUGGCAGCAACCUGUCAUUGACCAGCGGUGGCGGUGGCGGAGGUGGAGGUGGCGGGGGUCCAGUGGCAUCCCUGCCCCCCCUGGCCCCCCUGCCCACAGAGCUGCGAGAGGUGCUCCGCCAGCGGCUGGAGGUGUUAGAAGGCCAGCUGCUGAGAAAAGUGUCUGAGCUGGAGGAGGAGAAGAGUCAGCUCCUGAACGAGACGGCCGGCCACCGCCAGCGCACAGAGAGCAUGCUCAGCUCUCUGCUGGAGCGCAUCACCGAGCUGGAGAGAACCAACAACGCUUUCAAGUCGCCGGAGGACUUCAAGGUGUCCCUGUCAGUGCGCACCAACUACCUGUUCGGCCGCAUCAAAAAGAGCCUGCCAGAGAUGUACGCCUUCACCGUGUGCAUGUGGCUGAAGUCCAGCGCCAGCCCAGGUAUCGGCACCCCAUUCUCCUACGGCGUGCCGGGCCAGGCCAAUGAGAUUGUGCUCAUUGAGUGGGGGAACAACCCCAUUGAGCUGCUGGUGAACGAUAAGGUGGCCCAGCUGCCUCUGUCUGUAAGCGAUGGCCGCUGGCAUCACAUCUGCAUCACCUGGACAACCAGGGAUGGCUUCUGGGAAGCCUACCAGGAUGGAGAGCGGCUGGGCACAGGGGACAACCUGGCCCCCUGGCACCCAAUUAAGCCUGGAGGAGUCAUCAUCCUGGGCCAGGAGCAGGACAUUGUGGGCGGUCGCUUCGAUGCCACCCAGGCGUUCGUGGGCGAGAUGAGUCAGUUCAACAUGUGGGACCGGGUGCUGCGCCCCGGGGACAUCGUCGGCAUGGCCAAUUGCUCGGCCUACAUGCCCGGCAACGUCAUCCCCUGGGUGGACACCAAUGUUGAAGUGAUGGGCGGUGCCACCAAAGCACCCCUUGAGAUCUGCGAGGAGCGUGCAUUCGAUUCCUAAAAGAGGAGGGUGAUCAUGAUGAUGAUGACGAUGGUGUGAAGGAACUGUGAGAUGAAGUGGAACGGAAGCUCCAUUGAAAAAGAGUGAGGCCCUUUAAUAAAAAAGGGGGUUUUGUGUAGGGUGACACGGAGCUGUGAAAGCAGGGUCACGUGGUUUGGCUCGGCUGGGUCUAGGCGCACACCGUUUUCGGUCGAUAGAAUCCUAUAUUUUUUUGUGUGCAAAAUAUCCAAACCCACCAGGACUACGCUCCACUACUGGGGCCACUAUGAAGUCAUGUGAUCUUGCCUUUCCGUGUUUCACUACCUUCUUUGGAUGAGAUUACAUUUUAGAAAUUUAGAAGGGAAAGCUGCAACCCCAACUUCCCAUCCGCUUUCAUCCAUCCUCUGACGAACUGUGUAUGUAGUAACUAUGCAGUCUCAAAGUUUGGAUUUAUCCACUGUGACUAUUGGCUCCACACACACGUUUACCUUGCUUGGUGAGAUUGAUUGGGAGGGGAUAUCAUAGAUGAUUUGUAGGGGGAAGACAAAAAAGGACGCCUGUUAUUGAUAUUCAAAUGUCACUUUAUGCAUGUGUAGCCUGGGUUGGAUAAAAAUAUGUUUUAAAAAAACGGCAGCGCAUGUUGUCUGUGAAUACGCACAAGCAUUUUGUGUGCUUGAAAUUAUGUAAGUGUGUGGGUGUGUGUUUGUGUGUGUCUGCACACACAUGUUGGAGUAAGUGUGUGGGAAUAAAUGUUAGUUUUUUUGUGACAGAGAGAGAGAGAGAGAGAGAGAGAGAGAGAGAGAGAGCGGGAGCGCGCGAGAGACAGAGAGCGAGAGAGAGAGAGAAUGACAUGCGUAUAAGCCUCGUUGCUGACGUAUCUCGUGAGGGAACAACAUCACCAUCCUAACUCCCUGAUUCUAGAUCAGCUGUUCGUCCCGAACCAGAUUUUGAAGAGAGACUAGAGACGCCUAGCUCAGGUAAAAUAAUCAAAUAAAUAAAUUACAAAAACAAUUUAAUAAGUUGUGGCUCAGGACGGUCAGCAGAGCCUGGAAGCAACCAAGGCAAGUGUCCAGACAGAGGUGGGCGGAGUCGGUCUGGGCCCUGGCGGAACACCCCUUUAAUUCCCUCCUCUAACAAAUAAUUAAUUAAACUUUGAUGUGAGUCAGCAUGACUGGGAGCUGAUAUUUAUCAAGGACGACAGUGUGUUCUUCUUGUGUAAGUGCAGGCGCGCGCAAAACAAAAGCCAACAGAACGGGCCGAUGAUGACAAAGGCUUUCCAAAAGUUUCAUUUUUGUAUAUUUGUUUGGGUUGUAUGGACACCAGGGAAGUCAUUCCAUGUCGUUGUGACUUCUGUCUCGAAGGAAGGUGGCCUUUCACAGCAUGGAUAUGAGAUGACUGAACAAGAAAGACUAUCUAAAGAACAACAAGACAUGGAAUCAAUGAGGGUUGGGUUGAUCGAACAGCGCAACGCAAGUGGUGGUGUUUUGUCAGACGGUUUACUUUAUUCUUUGAAUGUUGUGUAUUGAUGUUGCUUCUUCUGCCGCCCAUUUUCCAUUAAUAGUCAAGUCAAGUCAAGUUUAUUUAUACAGCACAUUUUAAAACAAGAGUAGUUGACCAAAGUGCUGUACACAAAUACAAUAUAAAAAACAAAACAAAGAACAAGAAGGCUUAAUAUUGCAUAUUAGCAACAACAAUGAAUAAGAUAAAAUAAAAUCUUAAUCUGUAUUAAAAGCCAAUGUAAAAAAGUGAGUCUUUAGUUGUGUUUUGAACUGUUCUAUGGACUGGGCAGAUCUCAGACUCAGGGGGAGACUGUUCCAAAGGUUAGGAGCGGCCACA